GCAUUCAUAUAUAUUGUUGCCAACAACACCUGUAAUCGUGGCACAAUCAUUGAGUUAUCAUAUUUAAACAGCGCAAAACGCAAAAAAAAAGGCAACAAAAAACGGCAUCAGUUAUUUGCACUGUGACUUCGGAAAGCCUUAACAAUUUCUUGUUGCGGCAUUAUUUGGAGUGUACUGGCAACCCUAAUCUUGAAUUGGGCAAUAAUGACCUUGCACUGACAUUGCCGCACAGCUGUGGGUCAAGUCGCAUUCGCACAAACGAAAAUUAUCCAGAAGUUUGCUGGAAACCAUUUGGCAAGCAUUACAAAAAUGGCCUUCAAUAAAUUGAGCAUCGAGAAUCUGGAUUUGGAGGGCAAACGCGUCCUGAUGCGCGUUGACUUCAAUGUGCCCAUCAAGGAGGGCAAGAUUACGAGCAAUCAGCGCAUUGUUGCCGCCGUGGACAGCAUCAAGUUGGCGCUGUCGAAGAAGGCCAAGUCAGUGGUGCUUAUGUCCCAUCUGGGUCGUCCCGAUGGCAACAAGAAUCUCAAGUAUACGCUGGCCCCCGUCGCCGAGGAGCUGACCAAGUUGCUCGGCAAACAAGUGACAUUCCUGAACGAUUGCAUCGGUAGUGAGGUAGAGGCUGCUUGCAAGGAUCCAGCAGCUGGUUCUGUUAUUUUGCUGGAGAAUGUGCGCUUCUAUUUGGAGGAAGAAGGCAAGGGUGUUGAUGGCAGCGGCGCUAAGGUGAAGGCCGAUCCCGCUAAGGUCAAAGAGUUCCGCAGCAGCCUGGCCAAACUAGGCGAUGUCUAUGUGAACGAUGCCUUUGGCACGGCGCAUCGCGCCCACAGCUCUAUGAUGGGUGAUGGCUAUGAGAAGCGUGCCGCCGGCUUGCUGCUCAACAAGGAGCUGAAAUAUUUCUCUCAGGCUCUGGACAAGCCACCAAAUCCCUUCCUGGCCAUUCUGGGCGGCGCCAAGGUCGCCGAUAAGAUUCAGUUGAUCGAGAACUUGCUGGAUAAGGUCAAUGAGAUGAUCAUUGGUGGCGGCAUGGCCUUCACCUUCCUCAAGGUGCUCAACAAUAUGAAGAUCGGUGGCUCGCUGUUCGAUGAGGAGGGAUCCAAAAUCGUUCAGAAGCUGGUGGACAAGGCCAAGAAAAACAAUGUGCAGCUGCAUUUGCCGGUUGAUUUCGUUUGUGGCGACAAGUUCGCGGAAAAUGCCACCGUCAGCGAGGCGAGCGUCGAGAGCGGCAUUCCCGACGGUCACAUGGGUCUCGAUGUGGGUCCCAAAUCACGCGCACUCUUCGCCGCGCCAAUUGCGCGUGCCAAGCUUAUUGUGUGGAAUGGACCACCCGGCGUUUUUGAGUUUCCCAACUUUGCCAAUGGCACCAAGUCAAUUAUGGAUGGUGUUGUGGCUGCCACUAAGAAUGGCACCGUUUCCAUCAUUGGCGGUGGCGAUACUGCCUCGUGCUGCGCCAAGUGGAACACCGAGGCGCUCGUCUCGCACGUCUCCACCGGCGGCGGUGCUUCACUGGAGCUGCUCGAGGGCAAGACACUGCCUGGCGUCGCUGCCUUAUCCAAUGCCUAAGUGACAUCCGAUUUAAUCCCCAAUAAUAACCACUCAAAAACAUCUCUCUGAAAUAACUAAUCGUUAAACGUGUCGCUGCUGCGCCUCGACACGUCGUUUACCUUGUAAGCCCCCAAAGUUCAAUAAUAAAGUGAAUUCUAAGUUAAA